UUAAUUAAAGGAAAUGCGUUUUUUUAAAGUACAUAAACUUUUGGGAUUGACUGUAUAGCCAAUACAUCCUUAACAAUGAACAAGUAACAUUCCUGUCAUGAUUACCAGCCAGCCAGUAAUCGUUCCAGUGAUUUCCAGUAUUGAAUUCUUCAGGCUGCUUGAUGCAGCACUUGUAAUGGGAAACACGAAAUCCAGGGCGUGAGCAAGAAACAGGUGCGCAGUCGCUCGUGGUCUCCGAAAUCAGCUGUGAACUGUCAAACUCUACAUUAACAUCGAUCUUAGUUCUAUCAAUUUUUAUAUGAAUCGUUCGACGUGAAAUAUGUACGCGAAAGUGAGGUAAAGAGUGGUGCACAAUGUCUCCUGAUCCUACACAAGAACCUGUUGAAGAAACGUUAAGUGUACCGAAUUUACCUUUUGAUGCUAGAGGGACAAAUGAAUCAGAUAGCGAAGAUGAUGAUAUAGGAAUAGCAGGAUAUUUGCCUUUGUCACAAGUUCCUGCAGAUAGUGAUCCAAUAUUAUAUGAAGAUGAGGAUGUCGAAUGGGCCUGGUCUAAUACUGGCGAACCUAGCCAGGUAUUAAGGGCUUCAUCAUUGGAAUCGCAGCAAAAUUCUCUGUCAGAAACUAUAGAAGUUUGGUCAUCGUCUCAUAAUAGGUCAAACAUAGAUAUGGAUGCAGACAAGAUUGAUCAAGUGAAAUCUAUGAUGGCAACAUUCACUUUACCGGUUACAGCAAUUCCAGAGUGGGCUAACACUAUAUCGGAAGAACAAUGGAAAGAGCAACUUAUUGGUCGAAUUAAAGAAAUACAAAAUAGAGAAAAAUGAUUUAAAGUAUUUUAAUUGAUUCUUUCACAUGGAAUUAUGUAUAUAAUUUGAUAUACCUUAGGCAUAUAAUUCUAUUAUUUUUGUAUUUUAAGUUAUACAUUUGAAUAGUCCAUUGAAAAAUGCAAAAUUUUAAGUAAGAGAAUUGAAUAUAUAUGUAUACAAUA